AUAUUAUUCAGUCUUAGACGCCAGCUUGAUCGCCUCUCAGAUUUACUUUGUACUUCAAGGUUUUUGCUGACAUACUUGGUCUUAAUAUUACCAAAAUUUUAGGAGCUGUCAUGGCAUCAUUGCAACAAAACGCUAAAAAUUCAGUGGAAAAAUCAUCAGAUUCCACACACACAACAAUGGAGUCUAGUGCUGGAACAGCGUCUGAAAAUGGAGUGAAGAAGAGAUUUGAGAAUAUUAAAAAAUCACCAAAUGAUAAAAGAGUCUACAGAGGAUUAAUCCUCAAUAAUGAUAUGAAAGUUCUACUGAUAAGUGAUUCAACCACCGAUAAAAGUGCAGCUUGUUUGGAUGUUAAUGUUGGAUUCAUGAGCGAUCCGGCAGAAUUACCAGGUCUUGCUCAUUUCUGUGAGCACAUGCUCUUCCUCGGUACCGAGAAGUAUCCAGAUAAAAAUGAGUUCUCCUCUUAUUUAUCUCAGCAUGGAGGAGCUUCGAAUGCCGCUACAUCGUUGGAUUAUACGACUUAUUUCUUCGAUAUUAUUCCAGGCAAAUUAGAAGGGGCUCUCGAUAGAUUUUCACAAUUUUUUCUCAAGCCAUUGUUCACAGAGUCCAUGAUCGAUCUCGAGAUUAAUGCCGUUCACUCCGAGCACGAGAAAAAUAUCGCUCAGGAUUUAUGGAGGGCUGAUCAGUUGGACAAAUCCUCAGCUGAUCCUCAACAUCCUUAUUCCAAAUUUGGAACUGGUAAUCGGGAAACUCUUGAUGUGAAUCCGAAAAAAAAUGGAAUCAAUGUUCGAGAUGAAUUACUCAAGUUUCAUGGAACCUGGUAUUCGGCUAAUAUCAUGGCUCUUAGUGUUCUCGGAAAAGAGAGUUUAAACGAUCUAGAGAAGAUGGUAGUGAAGAUGUUCGUUGAAGUGCCGAAUAAAGGAGUCGAUGCCCCGGAGUGGCGAGAUAGUCCAUUCAACGAGAAUCAUUAUGGGCACAAAUGGUUCAUAGUUCCAAUCCAGGACGAGAGAACAUUGAAAAUGAUUUUCCCACUUCCUGAGUUACGAGAGCACUAUAAAUCUGCUCCUGCAUACUACGUCUCUCAUCUCUUUGGUCACCAAGGUGAUGGUUCGCUUCUAUCAGCCCUGAAGAGAAAGGGCUGGGCGAAUUCUUUAGCUGCUGGAAAACAAAAUGCUGCCAGAGGUGAAUUGAAUUUUUUCGCUGUCAUUGUUGAUUUAACAGAAGAGGGCAUCGGUCAUAUCGACGAUAUCAUUUCCCUCAUGUUCCAGUACGUCAAUAUGCUGAAAACUGAAGGUCCUAUUCAAUGGAUUUUUGAG